CCAUUUUUUACGUGACUUUGAAGUGUUGUUCUCGAGCUCAGCGUACGUAAGGCGGCGGCCUUCGCAUACAUGCACUCUUCUUGCCAUCAUCCGUAUACUCAACGAGGAUCAAAUUGGGGGACAGGGUUAUAAGGUCAGAAUGGACGAUCUAGAGUUCGAUGACUUUGAUGAAUCGGCUCUUGAACUUGUUGAUCAAAUCGAAUCAAAUUUUGCACGAGAAAGAAACAAUCAAACGACGAACAAUCAUGCUUCUACCUCUAAUCUUACGGUGAAUACAGCACCAAAACAUGUAAAUGGAUCUGUACCUCGCAAGAACGACUCUCCAAAAUCUCCCGACUUCAGCUAUGACUUCGACCUCGAAGAAGAGAUGCUCAAGACUGUCGAAGCAGCUGAGAAACAACAUCAGCAAGUGCUACCUCAAUCGCAUCCGCAACUGCAACCUACAAUAACAAAACCGCUCAUGCCGGGUCCAAGUUUGAAGAGAAAGCCUUCUGAAGUGCAGCAUGGACCUACAAGAGGAGGCAACAAGCACGUACAGCCCACACCCUCAACAUCGAGAAACAUUUCAAACGGCAAUGGGGCAACAUCUAAGCCCUCGGGUUCGAAUAUGCGUCAAUUAAACCUGUUUGGGGACAUUGUUCCGCCACAGCCAAGUCAAGGUGUUCUGAUUCAAGCAAACAAAGCAAAUAGCGCGAUUGGAACGGCAUCACAAUCUGCUGCAGCGCAAAAAGCACAAGAUGAUAUGCGAAAGCUAUUGCUUGGCCCGCAAGCCAAUUCGAGCAAUGCAAAUGGCUCUCAAUAUUACGGCAAAACGAAACAGUGGGAUUUCAGUCAACCAAUGGUACGCGCCAAACGCCCCUUCAAAGUAGAUCCGGAUGACUUUGACGAAUUUGCAGACGAAGAUUUGGAUCAGGCUUUGGGCGGCAUUGAUGAUAGCAACGAAUUCGAUCUUCCUCCACCUCCUACUGAACCCGAAAUUGAAGGCUUGAAGCAGAUGAAAGUAAAGAUCGACAGAGAGGCUGCAAAGACAUGGAUCUACCCAACAAAUAAAGAAAGACGUGAUUAUCAAUUCAAUAUAGUCCAAAGGGCUCUGUUCAAUAAUGUCCUUGUGGCACUACCCACAGGUCUGGGUAAAACAUUCAUCGCCGCUGUCGUGAUCUUAAACUACUACAAAUGGUUUCCCAACGGAAAGAUCAUCUUUGUCGCACCUACAAAGCCACUCGUCGCUCAACAGCAAGUUGCUUGUCACGGUAUAUGCGGUCUGCCUUGGGAUACGGCUAUCGAGAUGACAGGUGAAACAAAGGCAAGCCUUCGAGCAGAAGAAUGGCAAUCAAAGCGAAUCUUUUACAUGACACCUCAAACGUUUGAGAAUGAUUUAUGUUCAACGGCAAUCAAUGCAGAAGAUGUGGUUUGCGUGGUGGUGGAUGAAGCACAUCGUGCUACCGGCAAUUAUGCAUACGGAAAGGUGAUCCGGCAUCUGAUGGUGAGAAAUCCAUUCUUCCGAGUUCUUGCUCUGACUGCAACGCCUGGAAGUAAUUCUGAAAAAGUGCAAGAAGUUGUCGAUAGCUUGCAUAUCAAUCUCAUCGAAAUUCGUCAAGAAGAUGCAUUGGACAUUCGAAAAUACAUUCACGCCAAAGAUGAAGAUCCCGUCGUGGUUCCUCUCAGAGGUGUGGUGGCAGAAUUGCGUGACCAAAUGUGUAAACUCAUGAGGCCACAUCUCGAUGUGUUGGUGGGUGCAGGCGUUUUGGCACAAAAAGAUCCUGUCGCUUUGUCUCCAUUUGCUAUUCGUUCCAUCAACAGGGAUCCGCGUAAAAGAAGUAUUGUCACUCAAAGAAAGUUAUAUCCGUAUAUAAAAGACCUGGCAGAAUUGGCGCAAGCUAUGGAACAUCUCAUCAAAUAUUCAGUUUCAAUGUUUGCUGAAAAGAUUCUCAAUUUGCAAGGUGGAAGCACAUCAACUGGCGCAUCUACAAGCAAUAAACGUCAGCAAAUCAAAUAUCAAGCCAACACAGUCAUGAAUCAGAUGAGGCAAACAUACGAAAUAUGUCAAGAUUCAGAAGGAUUCGUCCCACAUCCAAAGAUGGACUAUCUUCAAAAUGUGAUCGCCUCACAUUUUGCCCAAGAUGAAGAAAAUGGCGGCAAUGGAACAAGAGUGAUGGUCUUUUGCUCUCUUCGAGAAUGUGUUAUUGAAAUUGUGGCUCUUUUGAAUCGUCUGCCUGGCGUGAAAGCAACGCAAUUCGUUGGUCAGGCAACAGAUAAAAAGGGCAAUAAAGGCUUGCGACAAAAGGAGCAAGAAAGAAUCAUUGGAGAUUUCAAAAAGGGUGAUUUCAAUGUAAUCGUUUCCACUUCGAUUGGUGAAGAAGGUCUAGAUAUCGGUGAAGUUGAUUUGAUUGUUUGUUACGAAGCAGUAAAGAACUCGAUUCGAACAUUGCAGCGCGUUGGUCGUACCGGGCGUAAAAGGGAAGGCCGAGUCGUCGUUCUGAUGUCGGAAGGACCUGAAGAAAAGAAUUGGCAACAAUCAAAAGAUCAGUACAAAACCAUUCAACAUGACAUUAUUCGAGGAAUCAAUCUGUCCCUUUACGAUGAUGUGGAACGUCUUGUGCCUCCAGACAUCACUUCUGAAGUCCGCUUUGAGAAUGUGGAUCAACCACCUUUUGAACCCAGCAUGAUUCGCAAUUUGACAGCGUCACGACGAAAGGGAGCAGGAGCAAAGAAACCCAAGCGAAAUACCGAUCCCAUGCGAAAUGUACCCAGCGGUGCUUCAAUUUCUUUCACGAAAGUCAGUGAUAUGAGAAAAGGCAAAGGAAAGGGCAAAGCAGGUCGUGUGAGCAUGCGGGAGGGAGAUUCCUCUGGAGACGAAGCCAGACAAUAUGUGUCAGGCAAGGCCAUUUUGCACGAAAGUUCAAGUUCUGCUGAAGAUACUGAUGCAGAGCUGGAUCGAGAGUUGAAUUUAGACUCACCAUCGCCGCCACGACGGGCUAACGGAGUAGGGCAUGGCAAAUUCGUUGAUCUUCUUUCUUCAUCUUCCAUCCCCAAACAGCGUGGAAGAAGUUUGGGUUCUGGGAGGCCACGCGUAAGCCCAACUCAAUCUGAAGCUCGAACAAAUUCGCGGGAGGAGGUACCAAGUCGAGAACCCUUGGAAUCAUCAGGCGGCGCUUUUACAAAUCAAAUAUCGAAUAGCACUUCGGGAGAGGUGAGUGCUGAUUCCCCCGCUGCAUUGACGAAGAGCUCUUCACCUAUCGUCGUUCGUCGUCGUGCUAAACCACAUCCUCUUAUCGCUCGUCUGGCAGAAGAAACGAUUGAUCUAACAGAUCCAGAAGAUGAUGUGGUCUCAUUACCAGAUUUUAUUGGACUUUCGUCGGAUGAAGAAGGUACUGGAGUAUGUGAUGAAUCACCAGCCCUGAACCGUCAGAAGAAGAGAACAUUUGUACGAAAGAAUAUACCUAUAUCCGAUUCAUCCGCUUCCAAUUCAAGAGACACGCCACUACAAAAACAAAUGGGCCCUCCUGCUGCUCCAAGAUCUGCUGCGAAACCUACGAAGGAAAAGAAAGGCACCUCAUCCAAAACGGACAAGACCAAGAAGGGUAAAAGGAAGAUCGGCGGUUCCCCAAACAGUCGAAGACUGUUUAACAUGGAAGCUGAUCGUUCGACAGAUGAAGAAGUUCACGGUGAAAAGGAUGAAAAUGAUGAAUUGGACGAUCGCUAUCAAGAAGAUUCAAGUGAUCGUGAACAUGUGGGUGAUUUCAUGCCUACACAAGCUAUCAAAGGCUAUCAACAACAGGCAAUCUAUAUGCAAUCAUUGAUGUCGCAAAAUGCUCCUGCUAUCUUUGGUAAUGGGCGAGGGAAAGCGGGUGCAAUUGGCCAAAGGGGUGGAAAUCCUGCUGAUUCGUCGCCGUACGUUCCUAGAUACAGACAACAAAUGACAAGCUCAAAUUAUGGCCACAAUGAGGAUGACAGCACGAAUGAAUACGAAGUUGGUUCUUUUGUUUGCUCCGAUGAGGAGAUCGUGUACGAGAGCGGAUCACAAGGGCCCGGGAAUCGAUCCAUCCUGUCAAGUCAGUGAAGAGAUAGGACACCUUUCAAAACCAGCGUCACCUAUAAAAGCCAUUUUCUAUGUAUAUUACGAUAAUAUCCAUGUUCCACACAAUCAAUUCUGUAUAUAAGCAUCAAACGGGCCAGAUAAUUUGUGCAAAAAUAACAUUCUAGCACAAAG